ACUGUGGACCAGAGGAACGGGAGGAGAUCCAACAUGGCGCCUCUCACAACAAACGCACCGCUGCUGUUCUGCUUCGCUUCACUUUCGUUGCCCAUCGGCUCCUGUCGACUUCUAACCGAACCGUGUUAUAAACUCGUUAAUGACGACCGACCGGACUCCGUCAAGAGUCGGCCCCGCCCACACGAGAAGGCCGACGCAACGGACCUCCCCCCGUCGUGGGACUGGAGGAACAUCGACGGGAAGAAUUAUGUCAGCGUCACGCGGAACCAGCACAUCCCCCAGUACUGCGGGUCCUGCUGGGCCAUGGGAGCCACCAGUGCACUAGCUGACCGCAUCAACAUCAAGCGCGGGGGAACGUGGCCGUCGGCCUACCUGUCCGUGCAGAACGUGAUAGACUGCGGGGGGGCGGGCUCUUGUUACGGAGGAGAUCACCUGAGAGUCUACGCCUACGCACACCAGAGAGGAAUCCCCGAUGAAACCUGCAACAACUACCAAGCCAAAAAUCAAAAGUGUGAGCAGUUCAACCAGUGUGGCACCUGCUCCUUCUUUGAGUCGUGCGCCGUCGUGAAGAACUACACCGUGUGGAAAGUGGGCGACUACGGGAAAGUUUCUGGGAGAGACAAGAUGAAAGCGGAGAUUUACGCCAACGGGCCCGUCAGUUGUGCCCUGAUGGCCACCGAGGGCCUGGAGGAAUACAGCGGAGGGAUCUUCUCAGAGUUUCACCCGCUGUCUUUGCCCAAUCACAUCGUCUCUGUGGCUGGUUGGGGAGUGGCGGAGGACGAGACCGAGUACUGGAUUGUGAGGAACUCCUGGGGAGAGUUUUGGGGAGAACACGGCUGGGCAAGAAUAGUGACCUCCGCCUAUAAAGCAGGAAAAGGAAAUUGGUUCAACCUGGGUAUUGAGAAAAACUGUGCCUAUGGAGAUCCGCUUGUCGCAUUAAAAUAGUUGAAACACAA